AUGUUUGCGGAAACUCUGUUGCGUUCAGGCACUGUUGAUGUGAGCGACGCUGUUACAGGCACUGUUGAUGUGAGCCGUGCUGCAACUGGAGCUGCUGCGUCUGCUGCUGCGGAGAGUCGUCGGUGGUUGCGCAGAGAACCAGAUACGGGCACUGAUGUGAGCGGUGCUGCAGCGGCUUCUGUUGAGCCCUUAAAGAGUCGUCGGUGGUUGCAGGGAGAACCAGAUACAGGCACUGCUGCUGCUGCCGUCGGGGAUGGGGACGGGGAUGGGGACGGGGAUGGGGACGGGGAUGGGGAUGGGGAUGGGGAUGGCGAUGGGGAUGGGGAUGGCGAUGGGGAUGGGGAUGGGGAUGUGGAUGGGAAUGGGGAUGGGGAUGGGGAUGGGGAAGGGAAGGGGGAUGGGGAUGGGGAUGGGGUUGGGGAUGGGGAUGGGAAUGGGAAGGGGGAUAAGAAGUCGGAUGGGAAUGGGGAUGAGGAGAGCGAGAAUGGAGGCGUCAACGUGGAGGAUGAUGGGAGUGGUGAUGGGGACGACUCAAGUGAUGUAUCUGACGGAGAUGGGCAGGGCAAUGAGACGGGAUAUGGGGAAGGAGGUGGGAUGGGAGAUGAGAAGGAGGAGGAGAAUGGAGGAAACUGUCAAGGCAGUGGGAAUGAUUCUUCAGGAAGUAGUUAUAUGGCAGGUAAUGAGGAGGGUAUGGGCAGGAGUGGUAGUGGGGAAGGCAAUGAGGAAAGUAAGGAAGGGGAUAGUGAUGGGGAAGACAGUGAGGAGGAAGGAGGGAGUAGCAUUGAUGGGCAAGACCACGAGGAUUCGAAAGGGAGUGAUAAUGGGGAAGACAAUGGGGAGGAUAAGGAAGAGAGUGAUAAUGGGGAUCAUGAUGAGGAGGACAAGGACAAGGGAUGGAGUAGUGAUGCGCAAGACAGUGUGGAGGGAUUAAGUAGCACAGAUGGGCGAGAUAAUGAGGAUUCGGAAGGGAGUGAUAAUGGAGAAGGUGACAAGGAGGAUAAGGCAGCAGAAAAAGCAAGGAGGAAGGAGGAGAAGAAGAAACGGGCAGAAGAGAAGGCAAGGAGGAAGGAGGAGAAAAAGAAACGGGCAGAAGAGAAGGCAAGGAGGAAAAGGGAGAAAGAGAAACGAAAGGCAGAGAAGGCAAAGAGAAAGGAGGAGAAGAGAAGGGAAGCUGAGAAGGAAGCAGAGCAGCAGGAAGGAGAGGAGAAAGUGGAGAGAGGGGAGCAGCAGGGGGACGGGGAAACUCAGCAAGAGGACAAGCAUCUCUUGGAAGAGGAGAUGAGUUCAGAGUCGGGCAACUCAGAGACACAAGGGCAGGCAGGGGAGGAGGUGAAGGAGGAGGGAGAGUUAGGAGAAGAUGCAAGUGCGAGGAAAGACGAGGAGGAAGGAGAGAUGCCGGAGGGGAAUGGGGAGGGAACGCAAGGUGAGAAUUCUGGUGACCCAGGGACUGGUAAUGGUGGUGCAAGUGGCGGUGUCGAUCCUGCAGAGAGAGAGAAAGCUCAGGAGGAGGAAGGGAAGUUGCCAGAGGGGAGUGAGAAGGGAACGCAGGGCGAGGAUUCUAGUGACCUAGGGACUGGUAAUGGUGGUGCAAGUGGUGGUGUCGGUCCUGCAGAGAGUGAGGAAACUAAUAAAGGUGAUGGCAGUGGGGCUGAUGGUGGGAGUGGUGAGGUUGAGAACGGUGAGGGUGACAGUAGUGCAGGGGAGGGCGGAGGUGAAGAGCAUGAUGACUGGCAGAAGUCUGCCUCUGUUGCUUCAGGCAGUGGCAGUGACCAAAGCAGUGGCGAAGCGGCUGUUGGGGAAGAUUCGGGAGGUGGUGUGAGUGAUUCUGGUGAACCCAGCAGGGAGGGUGAGAAUAAUGAGGGAAAGGGGAAUGAGGAGGAGGGGGGUGAAUCAGGCGGAGAGGGAGAGGGCAGUAAGAACGAGGAAAGUCAAGGGCAAGGAGUUUCAGAGGUGGAGGGAGGAGAGGAGAGCUGGAUGUUUGGAUGGGGAGCGAAUAAGGAUGCUGGUUGGUUGGAGGAGUCUGGAGAGACUGAUGUGACGGAUAUCCGUGUCGCUCCACAGUUCAGAAGCAGCCUCAAAUCGACUGAUGCUAACACACUGACAGGCGUCUCAAAGCUGCUGAAGGAAGAGAAACAGUUGCCGUAA